UUACCUUUGGUAAUUAUGGUUGAAUGAGGUUUAUCAUUUAUAGUUUAAUUAUGAUCUAGUGAACACUUAUAGAGUUGUUUUCUUUACAUAACCAGGUUUUCAAAGUUUUUUCAUGGAUACAGUUACUCGAAUGCUGAAUUUUUUACUGAUGGCUCAGGAUGGCAAGGUCCUGGCUCUGGGAGUUCUGGCUGGUGCAGCAGGGAUCAGCUUGGCAGCUUUUUGGUACCAGAGCCGGAGAGCCAUGGUGGCGGCAGCAGGGACAAAUACUUAUUACCUGUCAAGCAGCAGAAACACAGACCAGCUCGAUGGCGGUGUGGCAUUGCAAGAGGGUCAGACGGAGGUGCUGGAUCGGCUCGGAGCUCUGAUUCAGUGUGUGUCGGAGCUCAAAGAGGAGGUGAAGGCCCUGAAGAAUGCUCUUCCACACCUGCAGGACCACAUCAGAGAUGAGUUAACAGGGCGAAGUCGCAAGGCAAGUCCACUGAAUAGAACCACACCCACAAAGAGGAAGAGAGCCAGCGAAGCUGCAAGAGCACAGGGAUAUAGCUCGGAGGAAGCAGAAAGUGAAGGAGGGUAUAUCACAGCACUGACAGAUACAGAAGAGGAGUAUGAGAGUGAAGAGGAUCGCAAAGUUGUAGAGCCGCUGGAUGAGCUCACGGUUCUGUUACAGAGAGCAGAUGGGCUGCAUGCUUGUAACGGAGAUGAGAAGAAAGAAGGCUUGUCCGCUCUGCUGGAGAGGAAAGAAAAGUAUGAUAAGACGUGGCAGUACCUUUGGCGGUUAACCAGAGCCUAUGCUGAUGCUCAUGACCUGGCUGGAGACGUACAAGAGAAGAAGCAAUAUGCUGAAACAGGGAAGCAAAUUGGAGAACAAGCCAUUUUAGUGAAUCCCAUGUGUGCUGAAAGUCAUCAGUGGUAUGCUAUUCUAUGUGGACUUCUGUCAGAAUAUGAAUCUGUUCAGAAUAAGAUAAAGUAUGGCUACCUUUUCAAGGAUCAUUUGGAUAAAGCCAUUGAGCUGAAGCCGCAGGAUCCGCUGUCUUAUUACCUGCUGGGCCGUUGGUGCUAUGCUGUGGCCCAGUGUACAUGGAUUGAGAGGAAAAUUGCUGCUACAUUGUUUGGAGAGCCUCCGAGCGCAACAGUCCAUGAUGCCCUGCAGAACUUCCUCAAGGCAGAAGAAAUCUGCCCAAAGUACUCCAAAUACAACUAUGUGUUUUUAGCAAAGUGCUAUAAAGACCUGGGCCAGAAGAACCAAGCCACGAAGAUGUGUGAUGCUGCGUCUGAAUUGAAAACAACAACUAAAGAGGACGAGGAAGCACAAAAGGAGCUGGACUCUCUACUCUUGUCAGUUUAGUCAGAAACUCAACAGACUUUUAAUGUCUCUUCUACUUUUAGGGUACAGUUGUGGUAAUGGACUCGAGAUGUGACCAUAUAACUGUUAUUUUGCCUUUUUCUAAUUUUUAUGCUGAAUGUAAAUGACUAUUAACAUUUAAAGACAACCGAACUUUGAGCAGCGAUAAUCUGCAGCAUGACAUAUGCCACAAACUAUGAGGCAAUACGUCAUGCUCCAAGUUCACUUGUGACCAUAUGACUGUUAUUUUGACAUUCUCUCAUCUUUAUACUGACUGGAGACUCUCAACACUAAGGACAACUGAACUUUAAUCAGUGAUAAUCUGGAGCUUGAUAUCUUGCUUCAGAGUUUGUGACAUAUGUCAUGUUAUCACAAAAGUCGUAAAUUAAAAGAUAUCCUAACUUAAUUUUAGUACAAAUAAAGUUGUGGACAAAUCAUAAAUUCCUUCGCUAGCCCACCAUAAGACAGUCCCUCUAGGAUUUUGUGAUUUUGAGAUCGCAGAAAUGAAUGAAAAAUCAAGCAAACUCAGCAGUAUUAAAAAUUACUGCAGAUUUUCUGCAGAUUUGGGCCAAGACGCAUCGUGUGACAUCAUCGCAACGCACAUUCAGCCAAGUUCCUCUUUGAUUCACGUGCAUAAAACAUGAGUACAGCUUAAAGGUCUCAUUCACCAGCAAACAUCAAAGACUGUACUAAAUUAUUUUGUGCAAUUGCAAUUUCGCCAAUUCGAGUAGUUUUCCAAAAAAAAAAAAUCAGCAAUUGCAUCACAAAUUUUUUAAAAAGCCAUGGCAAAAAUCAAGCAUUUUUGGCCACAACAAACGCAGCGAAAUCCUGAACGGCCUGAUAAAAGUACAAGCUUGUAUGCUUCCCACUCCCAGAUUUUUUUGUUGACUGGAAAACUGACUACGCUAAUAAGCGGUAGCUAAUGUAAUAGCAUAGGAACUAGUUAGCUAGGUACAUACAUUAAUACGGACUAAAGGAAAUGAACGCAUCAAUAAUUAUUAUCUUCUUAUAUUAAGUUUCUAAUGUAGUACACCAUCCUUGUACCUUCAACACAAAAUACUAGACUAUGAGGUAUGGUGUUCUCCCAUCGCAUUCAACAUAUUUAGAGUCUAGUUUGUUUAUUGGUUCUUGAUAUGUAUAAUCAUGAGAUGACACAUUGUGCACGUCUUGCUAGUUGGAGAGUUGUAAGAAGGCUUUGUGCUGAAUUUUAUUUGCUUGGUUUUGUCAGUGUUUACACGUACAUGCUUGGUUCUGAUUCAGAAAAGUUCGACAUUCAUCCAUGCAUUAAUCUGCAUAGUAAAAACCACUUAGUAAAGAUCAGCAAGAUCUCCAUUGUUGUGUGUAGUGCAGCAGGUGCUGGGAUUUUGUGGUGGUAUGGUAUGAGCUAUAAUUACAGCAUCGAGGCUUGCUGCAUCAUCGUUGGGCAUGUUAAGAACAAACAUAGCUAUAUAUCAAAUUAAACUUUUGUUUUGUGAAAGUCAGCAAGGGAUUGGGGUUUUUUUCUUUCUCUAGUCGUUGAAGCCACUUGUCCGCUGAAUACCUUGGAUAUGGAAUCCGAUUAUCGCGGCUGCCCGGGCUACAGAUGUGUCCACCCUACCCCUCCCAUGUUCACAUUAGACCCUUUUACCCAUUCCAAACACAACACUGCAUUUAGUCAGUUACAAUUUAAAUUCCAAUUUUAUUUGUCACACACACACACACACACACACACACACACACACACACACACACACACACACAAACAAAACCAUACACAGUAUGAUGUGUAGUGAAAUGCCUUUGUCCUGUUCUUGUUUGUACUGCAGACUUACACAACACCAAGAGAUUAAUAGAACACUAAUACCAUGGCAGGGUACCUUUUCUCUUCCUUCUUUUCUUGACUUUAUGGCCAGUGUUCAGUGCAAUCCAUUACAUUACAUAUCAGCUUGCACUCUUUAGUCUCGAUUUUUUCACUAGGUUUUCACACAGUUGAAAAAAAACUUUUUAAUCAUUGAAAGAAUCUAAAAUUUUGGGGGGAGUAUAUUGAUUUGUUUUGUAGAUUUUCAUUUAAUGUUUUUGUUUCCCCAUUUGUGCUUAUAUCCACAUCAUUGUUUACGCAAACUGAUUACUGAGUCAUAAAAAUGCUGAAUUAUCUUAUUUUGGUUUCGUUUUUCUUGUAACAGGAAGGUGCUGGUUCAUAGUAUUUAUACACAGUAAUAAUUUUAGCUUUGAUCUGUAAAACAAUGAUUGAAAGGAGUAUUGAUGCUAUCAUAUUUUAGCCUGUUUCACUGUACAAAAUUGGGGGUGUAGGGAAGUAUUUUUGGUGAUUGGACACAUAACAUUCAGUGCUAUGUUUUAAAAUUUAAACUGUACAUAUAUACUUAUAAUACAUAAUCAUUCUUGAUAGAGGCAUUAUUGCUUCAAAAUGUCUUGAAAUGUAUUAAAAUCAUAAAAUGUGAAAUCUGUGAAUGUUUUGGACAUUGAUGAAAUGCUGCUGCUCUUGAUCUGGAGACUCUGUACCUAAAUAUUAAGGACAUAAUAUAUGGUCCCAGUUCUUAGUAUAGGCAGUAUGUUAAAGCAUAAAUGUUAACACAAAUAUGUUAAUGUAGCCAAGCCCCUAUAUGUAUGUUUAAUACAAUUAAUAUAACUGA